AUGAAGAGACCGAGAUGUGUAAAAGAUGUCCAGAGGUUGGCAGGAAGACUCACCGCACUAUCCCGCUUCCUCGGUGCGUCAGCAGCUAAGGCCCUACCAAUCUUCAACUUGAUGAAGAAGGGGAUAGCAUUCGAGUGGACCCCGGCGUGUGAAGAAGCCUUCAAGCACUUCAAGGAGAUAAUCUCGGCACCACCUGUUCUCGGGAAGCCUAAGAACGGAGAAGCACUAUACCUGUACUUGGCAAUAACCGAUGAGGCGCUGGCGGCGGUCUUGGUACGAGAGGAAGGAAAGAUCCAGCAACCAAUCUAUUUUGUAAGUAAAGCACUACAAGGAGCGGAGCUGAGGUACAAUAAGCUGGAGAAGCUAGCAUAUGCACUCCUGACCUCCUCCCGCAGGCUACGACAAUACUUCCAAGGACACCAGGUAAUUGCCAGGAUGGAUCAGGCAAUCUGCCAGGUACUCCAGAAACCCGAUCUGGCAUACCGAAUGAUGACAUGGGCUAUCAAACUAUCCCAGUACGACCUGCAAUAUGAACCCAGGAAUGAGAUUAAGGCUCAAGCCAUGGCCGACUUCCUGGUAGAAGUAACAGGAGGCUCUACCGAGACACCGAGCAUACGGUGGAAGCUCCAUGUGGACGGAGCCUCCAACCAAACGUUCGGGGGAGCAGGGAUCAUCCUGGAAAAUCCAACCGGAGUCGUAUAUGAGCAAUCAGUCAAAUUCGAAUUCCCGAUCAAUGGGACAUACCAAGCUAGAGGUUCGCUAUUGCAAAAAUAUUUGGAGAAAGUCAAAGAGUUGAGCAAGCAAUUCGAGGAAGUCACAGUGCAGCACGUCCCGAAAGAGAGGAACACACGGGCAGACCUCCUAUCAAAACUGGCGAGCACAAAGCCAGGAACGGGGAACCGAUCUCGCAUUCAAGGCUUGGUAAAAGAACUAAAAGUGACCUUGCAUUUAACCCAGGCAGAUUCCUCCUGGAUGGACCUGAUCACCGAUUUCCUAGAAAGCGGAAAACUCCCCAGUAACGAAAAGUUGGCAAAGAUGAUAAGGAGGGAAGCGGCCAAGUAUGCAAUCAUACAAGGCCAGUUGUUUAAGAAAGGGCUUAGCCAACCCCUAUUGAGGUGUCUGCAUCCCGACCGAACGGACUAUGUGCUUAGGGAAGUCCACGAGGGAUGUUGUGGCCACCACAUCGGGGGAAAGCCUUAG